GUAUCAGUAUGGCAUCCUCUUCUGCGGGCUAUGUUAGCAUUCCUCGGUGCCCGUUGAUUUUUGAUGGCACCAACUAUGGGGAGUUUGCUGCCUUUAUGCGCAUCCAUAUGCGGGGUCUUCGACUGUGGGGUGUCCUUACCGGCGAGGUCUCCUGUCCGCCGCGCCCCACUGCUCCUGUGCCUCCUACCCCGCCGCCUGUGCCACCUGCCCUUGCUGAGGAUGCUACUCAGGCUGAUCGGGAUGCAGCCAAGUCUGCCGAGGCUGCUGCUGAUGAGGCAUAUGAGGAGCAGGUACUUACCUAUUCAGAGGCUCUUGGCUCCUACCGUGAUAGUCUGGCUACCUUUACUCAGUGGUGUGAUGAGGAUGCUAGAGCUGCUGCCGUUCUCUCGCAGAGUGUUCAGCCACAAUUUGCUUCUGAGUUUAUGGGCCUCGCUACUGUCGCUGAGGUGUGGUCUCACCUUCGUCAGCGCUAUCAGCCUUCUGGUGAUUCUCUAUACUUAUAUGUGUUGCGCUAG